AUGCCUCAAGAGAUCAAGUGUCCUACCUCUGAUCCAGUGAUUCAUAAUCAAAAGAGAGUUACCAGAGGUAGCAGGUUACAUAAGAAAAAAGGAAUGGAUGAACUCAAGCAUGAAUUAUUCACCCCUCCAGAAUCUGAUAGUCUAUCUUCUUUAAACCAUAAUAAUGUGACUGAAGUUUCUGAGACGGCCCGUCUUGAAAAAGUUACCUACAGCAUUGAUGAAGCCUCACAACAUCUAGCUCA